CCUUACUCUGCUGUUCUCUCUGUUGAAACAUGUCGUUCCCAAAGGCUCCAAUCAAGCGCUUCAAUGAAGCACCAAGUCGUGCCCCAGCGCCAGGCUCUUACGAUGUCAAAUCUUCAGACACAUCAAAAGGACCUGUGUCUUUUGAUAAGUCUCAACGGUUUACAAAGCAGAUGGGAGACACAGGAUCUUGGCAGAAUCCCAGUAAUAUGAAACCUCCACCUUCUCCAGCAUCUGCAAGAAAAAUGCAGUCUCUUGAUUCAAAGGCAACCAGCUCAGGGGUGAAGCCAGAAAAGGAUUUGGCCCUCUUGAAAAAUUUGAGAAAACAGAAGGAACUGGAAAAAGAGAUCCGUGCACUUGUUGGAGAAUCUGGACAGCAGGAUAAAAAAAUACAAACUCUGGAGGAAGAAGUUGCAAAAUUGGAAUCAAAGCUGUCUGCUGCCAUUAGGGAGAAAACCUCUUUCAUAGCAACUGUUGCUUCUAUGGAAAAGCAGCUUCUGGAGUUGACCAGGACCAAUGAAUUGUUAAAAACAAAGUUCUCUGAAGAUGGGACACUGAAGAAAAUGAACAAUUUGUGUGCAGAGUUAAUGAAGCUCGGGAAUCGGAUGCACACGAAAAAGGUCAUUUUCUCUAAGCAAGAAGAUAUGAAAAUGAAACUGCGGACUGACCAAAGAACCUUAGUGCAUUCAAAUGAAAAAGUACCACAACUGGAAGAACAGCUGAUAGUAACUGAGAUACACACUGAAGAGAAAUAUGAUUCAGAUAAACUUUUGGAAUAUGUUGCAGAACUGAGCAAUGCUGCAGAGCUAGUAGAUAAAUACAAGCUGGACAUUGCCCGUUUAGAGGAAGUCAUAGAAGCAAAGAAUACGGAAAUUGAAACAUUGCAGACUUCACUUCAAUAUACAGAAACUACGCUGUCUACACAAAUUAAAGAGCUGUAUGAAAAAUGCAAGAUGUUUGAACAGCAAAAAGAGGAACUCUUAAUUGAAUAUAGAGAAAAGGAGCAAAGUUCAAAUGCUGAAAUCCAGUGCUUGAAAGAACGGUUGAAUUUAGAAGAAGAGGAAUGCCAGAAGCAAAAGAGUGCCUAUAAGGAGCUUUCUACUGCAAUGUGUCAGAAGUGGCUUGAGUUCCAAGAAGAAGUGACUAAAGAGAAGCAAAUUUUAGAGAGAGAACUAAGAGAAACUAUGGAUGAGCUGGAUAAACUGCACACUAAAGAAGGCAAAGUACAGAAGAUGUUGAAGCACCAGGAAGAAGAGUAUAAGUCUCAGACUGAGGAGCUAGUAAAGCUGCAAGCAAAACUGCAAGGGAAAAACACAGAGUUGGAGAAAAUGGCUCAGGCACACAGAAAUGCUAUUGUACAGAUAAAAGAGGAGCACAGCAACACACUGUGCAAACUUGGAGAGAACAUUGCUGAAUUUGAAAUUUACAAAGCUCGUGUGUCGGAAGAAAUGAUAUGCCUCAGACAGGAGAAAACUGCUUUGCAGGACCAGUUAGCUGAAGUGAACAAAGCAGCUCUGCAGACAGCUCAAGCGAUGCAAGAGGUACAGCGUGCUAAAGAAAAGGCAAAGGAGGAAUAUGCAAGGAUGCUGCUGGAUGCCCAGACCAAAUUAGCAUUAAAGGAUGAAGAAAUUAAAAGAAUAAAAGAAUCAAACAUUGCACAGAUUGCCAAUAUAGAAGCAAGACUAGAAGAUCAAAAGGAAGACUUCAAGAAGCAACUGGAAUUGGAAAGGGAAACCAUAGCAGAAAAAGCAGAAGCUGAUUACAGAGAGAAUGUAAAAACCUGGCGUAUCCUAUAUGAAGAAUUGUAUAAUAAAGUGAAACCAUUUCAGCAACAACUUGAUGCAUAUGAGGCUGAGAAGAAUGCACUUAUGAAUGAGCAUGGUGCUGCCCAAGAAGUGCUGAACAAACUUAGUGAUGCAUAUGCUAAGCUGCUAGGCCAUCAGAAUCAGAAGCAGAAAAUCAAGCAUGUAAUGAGGCUGAAAGAAGAAAACGCACAGAUGAGACAGGAGGUAUCAAGGCUGCGUACUCAGUUAGCAAAGGAAAAACAAAUGAAAGGAGACCUCCAAGAACAACUGAAUGCAGUUCAGGGUAUCAAGCGAUUUGAUCCUUCAAUAGCUUUUCAGCAUUCCACUAAGGAAAACAUUGAUCACAAAACACCUUUUAAAGAAAGUAAUAGAAACAAAAGUUAAAGUGCUCUGUGCUGAACUGGAACCAACCCACU